AAAGAUAUGGCCGACUGCGGCGAGCCCCCUGAGAUUGCAGCGCUUCGUACGAAUCUCACUUCCAUCACUGACGCGGUGACGGUCGGAGGCAAUCUACAAUGGUUUUCAAACUGCCUCGUGGAGAAAGCCUUCAUUCCAAGGAGAGUGGCACAAGAAAUACUCGACGUCAGCGGAGCUACGCCCGCGAGCAAAGCUGGUCAUCUCAUGGACAGCGUAUUUGUAGUACUCCGAACGACAGAUGAGAGAAGACGUCGGUUUGACGAGUUCGUCUCCAUUUUUUCCACCGAUGAAGCGUACGCCGGGCUCGUGUCAAAAUUUAAACGUUGCGUUGAGAACGAAGGCGCUGACCACCAAGUUGCCGAUAUUUCCAACCAGCUAGAGGAUUCCCAGCUAGAUUCCCAGCCUGAGGAUCCCCAACCAACCAACUCAAUUUUUCAACCUGUCACCGCACCCUUUCCCACUUCUCAGCCUACUACUUCUCCGCUCCCUACAGGGCGUUCUUGGACCAACACCAUCAAGCAAUGGUUCAAUGGUUUGACGCAAUGAUUCACCUCCACUCCAGAAGGUGAGGGCACCUCCACUCCAGAAGGUGAGGGUAGUGAGGUUACUCCUGCUGCCCCCACCCCUCCAUCCACUCCACCAGCCACUGGUCCUAAGGAGUCUCCUGCCCCAUCAUCCACCACCACAUCCUCUUCACCUCCCGUCCCACCUCCACCCUCUCCCCACCACCCUUCCACCCCACCCUUCUGGAGUCUGGAGAAGGUCAAGGCCACCAUUCAGGAGCUGGAAGAGAUGUUUGCUGAUCUACAUGCUAAAGCAGGAGCUGAAAUAAGUAAAAAGGAAGCUGAAGAUCAAAAUUUUUUACAGAAAUUUCGUAGUCGUCUUCUACUCCUGCCUGUCCGCAAAGCAACCCUCCAUGAAAAGUUCUUCAAUGCCAAUGAAGACGAGAUUCUAGCGCCCCAAAACAGUACAAAAAUUCUAGCCAUUCUCUGCCGUUUUAUCGAUUACCGUAACUACGAGAUUCUAUAUGAUGUUGUCCUAACAUUUUGUGGUACUUCACUUCAAGAAAGGAUGAAAAACUAUUGCAAAAUGCUCGAAGAAUUUGAAACUGCAACAACAGUUGAUAUGUACAAAAAGGUGAUGCCGAAAGAAGCCAAAGAAGUAAUGAAAGGUUUCUCUGAAAUGGUUUUGAAGAUUAACAAGCCCGAAUCACAAUGCACCCUCCAUGAAGUCCGAGAGCUCAACAAGGAGAUCAUUGCAAAGUCAACUCUCUGCUCUUACAGCGUCUACAUUAGAGCCGUGUCCACAAACUGUGUGGUGGUUAGGCUUAGGUUUCCUUCCAGUGCAGUGGGCUGGGUGCUAGCAGCCAUCACUCCCGACUUCAUGACCACACAUCGUCUCACAGAGGUGACUGUGGAUGGCCAUCAACUAUCCCUUAUACAGGCCCAGAGAUAUGAAUUGAAUAAGCUUAAUGCUGCUUGUAGAGAAGGAGAUGUGAUGCGAGUUGUGUCUCUUCUCAACAGUGGAGCUCAUAUGGAGACUGAGGACCGGUUGCCACGGACUCCGUUGGAAUGGGCUAGUCAGUAUGGUCAUCUCCAAGUGGUUCGUCUUCUUAUAUCAAGAGGAGCUCAGCUCAACCACCAGGAUGAGGUUGGGACUUCUGCCUUGACUCAAGCAGCCGGGGAUGGUCAUGCCGAUAUUGUUGUAGAACUGGUGAAAGCAGGAGCCAAUUUGGACCUUCAGCGAAAUGAUGGAGACUCAGCACUGAUGUUGGCAGUAAAAAAUGGUCACACUAAUGUUGUUGUGAAGCUGGUGAAAGCAGGAGCCAAGUUGGACCUACAGAAUAAGGAGGUGAACUCUGCCUUGACUCUAGCAGCCUUAUUUGGUAGCACUAAUGUUGUUGUGGAGCUGGUGAAAGCAGGAGCCAAGUUGGACCUACAGAAUAAGGAAGGGGACUCAGCAGUGAUGCUAGCAGCCUGGCGUGGAAAAACUGGUAUUGUUGUGGAGCUGGUGAAAGCAGGAGCUAAUUUGGACCUUCAGGAUAAUUUUGGGGACUCAGCACUGAUAACAGCAGCCUGGCGUGGUCACACUAAUGUUGUUGUAAAGCUGGUGAAAGCAGGAGCCAAGUUGGACCUUCAGAAUAAGGAUGGAGACACAGCAGCCAUAAAGGCUGUAAUGAGUCAAGAACCAGCCACUCUGAGGGAGCUAGUGAGGGCAGGGAGUGACCUCAACCUCCAGAACCAGGAGGGACUCACUCCACUAAUGAUAGCUGCCAGGAGUGGGAGAACUGACAUUACUAACAUUCUACUGGAGGGAAAACACAUCAACCUGGACAUUCAGGAGAAGAAUGGAGACACAGCAGUCAUAAUGGCUGUAAAGAGACGUGAACUAGAACCAACCACUGUGAUGGAGCUGGUGAGGGCAGGGAGUAACCUCAACCUCCAGGACCAGGAGGGACUCACUGCCCUAAUGAUAGCUGCCAUGAGUGGGAGAACUGACAUUACUAACAUUCUACUGGAGGGAGAACACAUCAACCUGGACAUUCAAGAGAAGAGAACAGGGCGGUCAGCCCUCCAUUUCUCUGCUGAGGAAAGAGACUCAGCUACAACAGAAGCACUGCUCAAGGCAGGAGCUAAUCCUCACCUCAAAGACAAGAAUGGGGCAACAGCAAUGGAGAUUACUGAACAACGAGCUCAAUCUAGCCUUGUGUCCAAGACAUUGCCAAUGAGAGUGAUGAUGACUCAACCCAGCCUUUAUGAUAGUCAGCGUGCUGUGAGACACCUCAAGUCGGAGAGCAAAGAUACUGAAGGAGAUGAUACUAGUUCCAUGCUUGCACUUCUCAAGUCGGAGAGCAAAGAUCUUGAAGGAGAUUAUACUAGUUCAUCGCUCACACAUCUCACGGGACAAGAGCUCGAGUCUGAGGGCAACAAUCCCACAGCAGGACAGCAGUCUCAAAUCAGAAAGGAAAUUACACCA